GCCACCUUCGCCGGCGGCUGCUUCUGGGGCCUCGAGCUCGCCUACCAGCGCGAGCCUGGCGUGCUCAGCACUGCUGUCGGCUACACGCAGGCACGCCUCACCCUGCUAUCUCGGCGGUACCGUGGGGCACGACCGACCUACGAGGAGGUGUGCAGCGGCAGCACGGGGCACACCGAGGCGGUGCAGGUCGUCUUCGACCCAGACGAGGUGACGUACCGCCGCCUGUGCGAGCUGCUCGUCGAGCGGCUCGGCGACAGCCUCUACCUGCUCAACCAAGUGGGCAACGACCGCGGCACGCAGUACCGGCACGGCAUCUAUCCGCACGGCGAGGAGCAGGAGGCGGUCGCGCGCGAGGUGCUCACGGCCGUGGGCGAGCACGAGACGCUCGGCGCGGUGCAAACGGAGGUGCAGCCGGCGGAGCGCUUCUGGGCGGCCGAGGAUUAUCACCAGCAGUAUUUGCAAAAGGGCGGGCAGAGCGCGAAGAAGCGCGCCGAGGAGACGAUCCGCUGCUACGGC